CAGCAACUUACUGGCCGCUGAACCUCGGUUCUGGCUAUCAGUCGCAGCGUUCUCUAUGCUUCCUUUCCGUGUCCGAACCAACCGCCCACUGCUACUUCCUUCUUUUUAGCGGGCUUUUCUUUUUGCUCUUUAUUUUUAGACACUCUUCGCGGACGCUGUGUUGAAACCGGACACCGGGAGUACCCGAAAACAUGUGGCCGAACGUUUGCCGGACGAGUCCUCAUGGCCCCCUUGGCACUGCAACUUCGCGCAAGGCGGGUCGUAUCGUGUUACAGUUGUAGUACACUUCUCCCAGAAGCAAAUCCUCAAACCGUCACAGUGUCUUAGAAAUAUUGUACUGCCAUUUCAUCAUGAUACUUGGUGUGAUAUUAUGAUAUACUGAGCUUACAGCUCCAUCGUCCUGUACAUAAAAAAACAACAGAAAAAACACAACUGUUCGCAACCUUGCGUUCCAGCUACUCAGACCCGCUACCUGAUGCCUAGUAGGAAAAAUCCAGAAUACCCUGAAUCUUCCACCCUCUAGCGCACGCACUCUUACAUGGCAUCAAUCGGUCUUGGGGUGUGCUGAAACUAGCACAGCUGAAAGUGUGGAACUGCCUGUACCUGUGAAGGAAGCUGCUACUUACAAUUAUACGCCCGAACUGAUCACUGAGGUCUUCAGUCGCAUACGUGAGCAUCGAAAGCCAUCAGCAGCCAUGGAGACACUGCCACCACGUUCUUCCAUGUAUGGGGAAAGGCCAGUUCUUGCUCAAGCUGUGGAGCAACAGUAAUAGAGGUUCCAGAAGUAAAAUCAAUCCAGGCCACAAGGUGUGCUGAUCUCAAGACAAAAGACCCCAAGAACAAAACAAAACGGCCCUUUUCAGGGCCACCCAAUGUUUUACGCUGAGACACGCACUGCGUAAUGAUCAACCCAUCUCACAAUGCUUAGAAACAGAAUACUAGAAGGCAAUUGCCACACCUAUUGCCCAACGAAAGACUUUUUGACACAGCAUGGUGACUGUAAUGCGCCUCUUUCAAAGAUACCACCUGCGCAUGCUCCACCCUGCGGCGGAGCGCAGAAACAACUUGGAGGGCAAGUCUAGUGCAGCAGACGACCAAGUGAUAUGUGUGGCGGCGGAUUCAAGCAGACGUGCAGAAGCGAAACUAACCCACGUGUUCACUCUAUCGUCGUGGAGUUUUGUUGACGUUACUGAAUGUCGUAAUUUGUAUGCUACUGUUACUAGCAUAAGGCACAGAAGAGCAUAUCAUGCCGUCAACGUGCGCAAUGCCCGGCUGCAAGUCACGGGGAGUAAAAGGCUUUUUCCGUUUCCCGUCGGAAAAACGUGAAACACAGAGGAGGCACGCCUGGAUUGCUGCUGUUCGGCGUGUCAAGCCGUGGAUUCCAACUCCGUAUCCACGAAUAUGUCAUCGACAUUUCGCAACAGGAAGGCCAAGCCGUUCACCAAAACAUGUUGACUACGUGCCAUGUGCUGCUAACCAAAAUGAUGAAAACUCGUGCCAGAGGAGGACUGAUGCCCUUCAGAGGCUUGAGCGAUCGCAAAGAUGGUUUCAGCAAAAGAAAAACGAGUAUUGUUCUCGUAGCUCCUUCCCUCAGAGUACCGGAAAAGGGUAUGCAGCCCACAGCAGCAGCGAAAAGUCUGGUAUGUACUGUAAAAACAAAGCUGAGCAAUUACUGCAGAAGGUCAUUUUGGCACAUUUUACUACAGGCAGAGCACAUGUGUACUUUUCAUCUCUCAUACUUGUGCCAGGUUCUGAAAGCCUUGUCUGUGAUGAAGGCAGCACAAGUUCCGCAAUCGAGAGCACCAGUGAAGACGGACACACAGACUUGGAACUGAUGGCAGCCGAGUCGCUGAUCCUGCUACAACAAGACAAAUCAACGACAAAGUUUGGAACCAAGACCUCCUGCGCGACAAUAACAAUGAGUACAGAGAACCAACUCCUCAAGAUGCGGAUUCAAGCACUGGAAGAAGAAAACCGCAACAUGUCUUUACGCGUACUGAGCUUGCGGAGUAUUCCGGACAGCAAGUUCAAGUAUUACACCGGUUUUAAGAGUAAACAACUUUUCCAUGUAAUUUUUAAACACGUUGAAGGGAAUGCAAGACGAAUGAACUACUGGCAGAUGGGGCCCAGAACUGAAGAUGGAGCUAGGGGACGACAAAGAGCUGUCAGCCUUGACGAUGAAUUUUUAAUGGUACUCGUAAAACUCAGGACUGGAAUGCCAAGCCAGGAAAUCACAAGAAAUUUUGGUAUAUCUGAAGCCACAUUUAGUAGAAUAUUUACCACGUGGGUCAAAUUCCUUGAUCAAGAGCAGAGCGCUCAAACACACUUCCCCUCACCUAAUGGUAUAAAGCAGGACUUCCCCAAAUCUUUUUCGUGUUUUCAGGACACAAGAGUAGUUAUCGACUUCACAGAGAUCAAAAUACAAAGGCCGUCAAGGCUCACUGCUCAACGACAAACCUUUUCUAAUUACAAGCAUUACAAUACUUGCAAAGUGCUCGUAGGAGUGAUACAAGACGGAUAUUUGUGUUUUGUUUCAAACCUGUGGGGAGGGCAUGUGAGUGACGGUUUUAUAGUCAAGGAAAGUGGUCUCCUGGACCACUUGAGGCCAGGAGAUGCCAUCAUGGCUGACAAGGGCUUCAAACUAGAAUGUUUUCUGCCGCCUGGGAUCAAGCUGUAUGUACCGCCAUUUCGGAAAAGUAUGCAGAUGCCUCCUUCUGAUGUUAAGAAUACUCGCAAAAUAGCGAGUGCGAGGAUCGACAUUGAACGGCUUAUUAGGCGCAUAAAAGAAUUCCACAUAUUUGAUAGCCCUAUCUCAAUCAACAUGAUGGAUAUAGCUGGUCACAUCUUGAGGGUGUAUGCUUUUCUAAGUAAAUUCCAGGACCCCUCAUAAAUCCUUAAAUCAAUGUACUGCAUAUCAUGCCGGCUGAAUGAUGUGUAUGUAAAGUAGGA